UUUUCGUCUGCUGAUAACAGUUGUAAGCUAAGUGGUUGUUUGGCAGUAGAUCCUAAAGAAAACAUGUCAUAAUUCUUUUGGGACUGUUAUUAUCCGUGUGUAAAUGUUUUUUUUUGCUAUGUUAAGUCACCGAAUUACUAAAUGAGAGGGCGAGUGUUCUUACAGGCGAGUGGGAGGUUGAGGUAGUUGACCGUGGAAAUGCUUAGACUAAAGGGUAAGACUCAACUUAUGGUCGCAACGUUGCUUAUGUUAGUUACCUUACUGAUUUUAUAUAAAAUAUCAUUGGCGGACACUCUGCAUGAUUCUCAGAGACUGAAAGAUGACGAAGGAUACAGCUUACAUUAUAUAAAUGAACCCAUACAGCAAAAUGAUGCUUCGGCUUUGGUACAGAAGGUAGAGGACGUUAGACGCAGGGCUAACGACCUGUAUCAUUUUAAUGGUAUUCACAAAAAUAUGAUUGAUGAAGAUAAGAUUGGAAGGAGAAUGAUGGCUCCAGGAGCUGAUGAUUAUCUCUCUGAGAAAAGUGAUUCAAGAAAUGUACGUAAGUCAAACAAAAAGCUUUUCCCUGGAUACCGUUAUAUUCAUUUAGAUUUAAAAGGUGCACCGCCAAAAGUUACCUAUUUUAGUGAAUUAUUUAAAAUCUUACGUGAUUUGGGAGCGACUGGUCUUCUGAUAGAGUAUGAAGACAUGUUUCCAUACAGUGGGCAUCUGUUGAAAGACGUCGCAGCAUACAAUGCAUAUACAAAAUCAGAUGUGCAGAAGAUAUUAGAGAUAGCAAAAGAAAACGAACUGAAAGUAAUACCAUUAAUUCAAACUUUUGGACAUAUGGAAUUCAUCCUAAAACUUGAGAAAUUUUCAUAUUUACGGGAAGUUCAGAGAUAUCCACAGGUAAUCUGUUCUUGUCACAAUGAUACAUUUCCCUUGCUGACAUCGAUGAUUGAUGAAAUCUUAGCGCUGCACCCUGAUGCAGAGUAUCUUCAUAUUGGUUGUGAUGAAGUCUACUAUCUUGGAGAAUGUAACAGCUGCAGCACCAGUAUGAUGCAGCACGUUCCAACAAAGUCAGAGCUGUUCUUGAAUCAUGUCAUUCGCCUAGCAAAGGAUCCACAGACGCAUGAAACAACAACCACAACUACUACUACUACUUCUACUACUGUAUCCCCUUACCUUCGUAAAUAUGUGAAGACUCGGUAUCCAAGCGUGACUCCUUUGACGUGGGAUGAUGAAUUUCGCUCUCUAAGAGAGGAAGAUCUUAGAAGGGCAGGUGUUGGUCGGUGGUUAGAGCCUGUCAUUUGGAAAUAUACACCAGAUAUAAAUGCCGCUUUACCACCAGAGUUGUGGGACAAAUACAGUGCAAUAUUCCCUGCUGUGUGGAUAGCAAGUGCCUUCAAAGGAGCUACUGGUCCUGAUAAACUGCUCACAGACAUUAGUUACCAUUUGGAUAACCAUCGUGCCUGGAUUGAUAUAUUUACAACAUAUUCUUCACAACUCAAAUUUCGUGGCUUGAUGAUAACGGGAUGGCAACGAUAUGAUCAUUUUUCUGUGUUGUGUGAACUAUUGCCUGCUGGACUCCCAUCACUAGCAACCUGUUUGACAUACGUUACAUCAAAUGACAAAGAUAUGACAAGUCCGUCAUGGCAUGCAAUGGAGACUUUGCAUUGUGAGCCCCCACUGCCUAUGCAACCUGGUACUGGCAAGUCACGUUGCAGUUUCACUGGAUCUGGUGUUCUGGAUGUUGCAGAACGUGUAUUUGCUUUAAAACAAAAUCUGGAAAGAGUUGCCUCAGAUCCAACAGCUGUGGGAUGGUUAUCACCGUACAACAUUCAGAAAGGAUUUUCAAGCCCCUCACAUGUGGAACAUGCAACAGCAGAGGUGGACCGAAUGUUGGCAGAAUUAAAAUAUAUAUCUCGUGAUGCUCAAAAAGCACUUUCUGAGAUUUAUGAUGAACAUACUGUUUCUGAGUGGCUGGAUACAUACAUUAACCCUUUGCAGCAAAGACUGGUGGCAAUGUCUUCAGCCCGUGAACGCCUACUGGAUAUGUCUCACUGGCCACGUCGUCCACUUGACGUUCGCCAUUCUUCAUCACUCUCACAAAGAAGCAACUAUUUGUGAUGUAGGUGAUACAGUUUACCAGCAUGGUAAAGUGAUGAUAUUUUGAAGACUGAUUUAUUGUACAAAGGUGACAGUGUACUGUAAGAUAAGUAUAGCUUCAUAAGAUACCAGAGCCUGAAAAUGUAUUGACAUUCGACAAUGUAUUACGCAAAUUUUCCGCAAGAGUUGUUGUUAACAUCUUUGGUUUACACUUCAGUAAUUGGAAAGAAUAAAGGAACUCCUUGGAAGGAAAAUUAAAAAAAUAA